AUGUCAACAUCCGCAGGCAACCGUUUGAGCGUGGACCGGCCGAGUCAGGGUCCUCGCAAAAGUCCGCGCAGCAGCCCGCGUGGCGGCGACCGCAACAGGACGAGUCCUAGCCCCCGCGGCAGUACUUCUACUAGUCAACAACCUGCACGAAGCCCGCGUGGCAGCUACGGUGGUGCUGCGCAUGAAAACCAUAACCAAUACAAAACCAACUACGCCCAGGAGUACGGGAAUCCGCGCGGGAACAUGGUCGGCGCACCGGUCGCCGGGUCCUCGCAUAAUCAUUCGCAGCAGCAGGGGAACUACAAAGGGUACGACGAGGUUCCCAAAGCCGACUGCUGCUACAGCAACGAGAACGAUCCGCGCAGCUGUGUGUGCGUCCAGGACUCAUGCGGCAGACGGAAUUGCACCCCAAACUUGGCGACGACAAACGGCAAAAUCAUCGCCUGCAGUACCUGGGUCGGAAUUCCGGUGACAUUCCUCAUCUUCCGAUUUGCCAUCGGCGGCGACAAGGAGGGGGAGGAAGAACCGCAGGAAAGGGAUAGACGGUCGCUGGCGUUCAUGAGCAAAAGCGGUGGCGGGAUAAUGGGGAUAGGUAGAAGUUCUGGGAAUUCAGCUGCAGUGAUGAGUACCAAUGCAAAUGCAGGGCUCGUCAUGGCUGUGCCACCAGACGAGGCGGGCGCGCUGGUAGAUGCAGCUGAAGAUGCGCAGCACCAUCCUUCCGAAUUAGCAAUGAACUUCGUCUCCUCGGUGGUCGCGGCUCUGUGGAACAGAGCUACCGGGACGAAAGAGGACUGA